ACCGCAUUUCUGGCUGUGCUCAUCCAACUGAUGAGCGGGAUUGCUACCGCUGUCGCUGUCGUGCACCGCGAUCGUCUUAACCAUUCUAGCCGGUACGGUGCAUCGGCAUUCUUGCUAGCUUGACUCCUCGCUCAGCAUUGCCGUUCGUCCCAAGUUUGCUGUGUACUAACCGCUUAGUCCGACUUCGCCCAGACCCACGGCACGCUCAGACACACCCGCUAUAUCGACGCCAGGUCUUUCUCUGCAGCAUGCAGGUUUGCAUCUCCUGCAGGUGCCAUUCUCAGCCAUUCCGCAAGCUCGCACACUGCACAUGUCUCCGAGACAAUCGGUCAAGCCAACGUUGUCGUCCUGAGACGUCCACACGCGUGUCGACUCGGCAACCCCUGAAACGGGUUCGCCGCCUCUCAACUCCUGCGCCGAGCAGACAAACCGGCCUAGCGACUACAGUACACAUAAUACCCGAGCCGCGCCUUUGGCGCCGGCGCUCCCGCCAGGAUGGAGCAGAUUUCCCUAUCUUCCGCCCCGCCCCCUAUCCCUCGCAGGUCCCGAGAACGGGACCGUGCCCGGCAUCCGUCCCCUGACGCGGUCCAGCCCUCCCGUCGCCGAGACCCUUCCCACCCCGCUCCGACCGCCAAUGCGAAGCGCGACAGAGACUAUAACGACGUCUUUUCCGACUGGACGAGCCGAGACCGAGAGCGAUACGCCGACCGAUUUCUCCGAGACCCGGAGGACGACCAAGUCGGUCCUCUAGCCCCCGCAUCGCCCGAGGUCAUCUCGUCCCUCAUAACGUCCCUCUCGGCCAUCUCCAGGCCGGUGAGUAAUCACUUUGACGGCCCAUCCUACCUGAGCCCCAUUGGUCUUGGGAGUCCGCUUUCAUUGUCGAUUCCCGGUUCGCCCAGCGGCGGCUCUUUCGGGGUUGAUUAUGGCGCCUAUGCCCAGCCGUCACUGAAGGAGUUGAAAGAGGAAAAUGUCCCUCUAGAGGAGCUUCCGGCAAGCGCUCCGGUCAUCCGGACAUCCAAGCCACCCAGCGGCUUGUCAUCGCUGACCGCGCCGAAAAGCCCCGGGGCCCGAGACUCACUGAAGGGCCUCCUUUCGCGGCGGAGCAGUGGAGGCGUUUCGCGUCCAUCAAGCAAGGGGUCGCUGACAUCCGGCGCCGAUAGUAUUGGAAAGCCCAGCGUUGAACGCAGUCAGGAGCCCCUGUCUCCAGGUGUCGAAUCGCACGGUCCAAAAAAGCAACAGUCACACGACAGCUGGGGUAAGAAGGGUACCCGGAACCAGCGUGGCUUGAUGUACAUGAGCAGCAGGGAAAGACUGCGGGAAAAGGAGGCCGAGAAGAGGCGCGCGAGCAUUGGCGCUGUUGGCGGGAAUUUGAGCAGACUCAGCUCAGCGAGCGGUCCCACGACUCCGCACCUCGAUCCGCUCGCCGCAGAAUCCAUCAUAAACGAGGAGCCAAACGGGGACUUGGCGAUCGGUUCACCAGACGGCCUGGCGAACCCAGGGUUAAUCCCCACUAGAGAUUCGUCGCUGAGGAAGACUGGGAACGGCACCAAAAGAUCGUCGGCAAGAACCUCGAGGACCUCGAAACGAGAUAGUGAGGGCGGCGCAUACGGUACGAUUCCCGAACUGGAGGAACACGCCGCCGGCACCCGUGGCUCGCGCGCCGAGAUAGCAAAACGUCGUCCUACCGGGACGAGACAGGGCCAGCAGGUCGAUCCUUUGAACCUCUCCGCCGCCUUGCCACAGGAGAACUCGGCUACCCUGAGCAAACCGGCUCCUGAAAUUUCCAGCACGAGUCCUUUCACACCUGCCGUCGCCAUGUUCCCUGACAUCGACGCUGUUGACGAUGGCGCGCCUUCUCCUGCCGUGGCGCAGAGUCGCCGCCGGGACAGGGAAGCGAGCGCCGAAUACAGGCGACGCUCCGGUCGCCUGACACCUGAUCUGUUUGGCGGAUACGCAAGUGAAGGCGGUGGUGCGUCCGUCAAGGUGAAGCGCACCAGCACUAAGACCAAGCGGCGGUCGGGAGCAGUUAGCCCCACGCCAGACAGCACGACCGAGCAGGGUGUUCCCACUGGGAACAAUAGGCUCGGCGACCAGCCCCACGUGGCCUACGAAAGGCCGCGAAGCGCCGACAGCGUCGAUGACGCCGUCGAGAGCUACCUGUGUAGCCCCCGGCUGAGUCAAAAGAUCAAGCAUCCUCAAACCGGGCGCGUCAUCAGCUUUAGCGAAGUGGGAGACCCCAACGGCAGCGCCGUCUUUUGCUGCGUCGGCAUGGGUCUGACGAGAUACAUCACGGCCUUUUACGACGAGCUGGCCCUGACCCUGAAGUUGCGCCUGAUAACCCCAGAUCGCCCGGGAGUUGGUGACAGCGAGCCGUAUGCCGACGGUACUGCGACGCCACUCGGCUGGCCUGAUGAUGUGUACGCGAUUUGUCAGUCACUCAAAAUCACCAAGUUCUCCAUCCUCGCCCAUUCAGCCGGCGCCAUCUAUGCCCUCGCCACAGCACUCCGCAUGCCCCAGCAUAUCCGUGGCAGGAUACAUCUGCUCGCACCCUGGAUACCACCGUCGCAAAUGAACGUGUUCGGGGCAAGUGAGAAGACACCGCUACCUCCAACCAACGCUAUUCCUACCAGUCAAAGGAUAUUAAGGGCUCUUCCGACGCCGAUUCUGAAGGCUGCCAACAGCAGCUUCAUGACGGCCACAAGCUCCAGCAUCACGAGCUCCCUGCCCAAGCAGAAGCGGACGAAGCGGGACAAAAAGGGCGCAGCUGGGGGGAAAGAGAAUAAGGAUCAGCCAAAGGGCAUGUUCCACGGGGGAUCGGAAAACAAGGAGAACCUUGACCACGAAACCUCAAAGCAGUAUCCAACAAUACCGGGUGCCGAAGAGGAUAUGGAGGGGAUCCGGCCGGCUGGCAAGAAUCCCAGCUUGGCAGGCUCGUCUCAGAACCACGGCAUUGGCCAUCGCCACCGCCGAUCCAACUCGUCUCAUCAAGGGUUCCGCCGGCAGCACCAGCAGCCCGAAAAAGACGAUCACAUUCUCGCGACGGCCGCCGCCCUGGCAAGUUCGCAGGUAGCCGACCGCGAGCGGCAGGAGUUGUACGACAACCGCCUGACGCACGCCAUCUGGCAGCUGUCGACCACGGGCGCCAACCCGGCCGUCGACCUGCUGGUGUGCCUCGAGCGGCGGCACACCAUCGGAUUCAGGUACGUCGACAUCACGCGGCCCGUCGUCAUCCACCACGGCAGCCGCGACACGCGGGUGCCAGUCGACAAUGUGAGGUGGCUGGGCAAGACGAUGCGCCGGUGCGAGGUGCGCGUGCUCGAAGGCGAGGGCCACGGCCUGAUGGCCAGCGCGCAAGUCAUGGGCGGCGUGCUGAUGGAGAUUAGUCGUGAGUGGGAGGAGUGGUCUCGUGUGACGGGGGCGACCAAGAGGGAGCACGAGAGGGCGAGGAGGAAUACGGUUGGGCAGGGAAGGUGAGGGCGAGUUGGAGUUUGUUCGAUCUUGGUUGUCGCUGGGAGCGGCGGGGAGGGGGGCGAUAUCCUUGGGAUUGGAUAUUACCCGCAAACUGAACUCUGAUCUUCGCUUUUCCGGAAAUUUUUCACGAACCUUGAUAUAAUCACUAAUACAUGAAAUCGAAUUGGAAUA